UAUCGUCACCGCCAAAACAACCGUCCAAUAUCUAUCCCAAUCGUCAUACGUCACAAUCAACGAGGGUUCUGAUCGUGUCUUGAUUAGCCUUCGCGUGCGCAAUCUAAUCAAUAUUCAUCAUUGAUCAUCGUGGGUGGCAUUUUUUGAUUGUCGGCGAAGGAUCUAUGAGUGUGAAAUCAGGGUUUAGGGACAAUUUAUUUUUGUCGUAUAAAUGCAUGUGGGAGGGGAUCUAGGGCUUUUAUCGGGCUUGGUGGUGGUGGUCUUGGCGUUGGCGCCGGUGAUCGGAUUUUUUAUUGUUCGCCGGAAAUGGCGACGUGCGAUGGCCAGGAGGGAGGAGAUCAAGCGGCUUUUGGUUUUGGCAUCGGAAGAAGCAGCUAGGGUCGAGCUCGAAGCCACCACUGUGUGUAGCUACGGCUACGCCUUAGACGCCGCGGAGGUAACGGCAUCGGUUUCAAGGCCUGUGCAGUAUCAAUGUGCUGUGUGCUUUUGCCCCACUACUAGGCGUUGCGCCCAGUGUAAAGCUGUUCGAUACUGCUCUGGGAAAUGUCAAAUUAUACAUUGGAGAGAAGGUCACAAGGAAGAAUGCCGCCCUUUUACCACUGCUCACCAGAUCAAUGGUAUGGGAGGUACUUCUAAUCUGAAGGCGUCAAAACUAGAAGAGAAUGAGAGUUCUGGUUAUAGCGUUGAGACUGAAGGGGAACAGCGUGCUAAACCAGUUGAAACCUCCCCUGAAGUGCCCACAUGUUCUAAUGCCAGUCGCUUGGGAUUACCUCAUGGGAAGGAUGAUAUUCAAACUGUGUGUCUGGCAGAUGAUAAAGGGACAAAUUUGACUGGUCACUUAUUACCUAAGGGAUUUUCUGCAUCCGCUACCUCCAGUGAAUCAUCUGUUGAUGCUUCUGUCAGUGAUUCAAAUGAUUCUGAUAGAUCAGAUGAGCAUCAGUCAACUAAUGUUUCUCUGGAGAAGUUUGACUCUAUUUGUGAAAACAUCAAACAAACUAAGCCACCUUUCUCAAAGCACCCCCUUUGGGCCAGCUCUGUAGAUAGUUUUAUCCGUUCAGGUAAGGUUAAUCAAAUCAAACCGAAUUGUAUUGAUGGAGAUAGUCAGUGUGGAUCAUCAAGUUCAUCAGGUUGGAGUGUUGGUGGCUCCCAUGUGUCUUCAUUCUCUGAGCCUUCUACAUCCUCUUCUGGUUUCUGGGAUGGAACUCUUGAAUCCAGUAGGUCCAGAAAUGAUGCCCUUGAUGGUUCUGUUCUGUUUAGUUCCAAUGAGGCUGGUGAUGGCAAUGCAGUUUCUGCUAUGGAUCAUCGUAGUUCUUCGUUUGACUUGGCUGGAAAUGCUGUUUCUGCUGUGGAUGUACAAGGCUUUGGCACCAAAACGUCCAUAUCAGAAAAUGUUCAAUCAAUUAAGUCUGGAAGCAGGGAGCCUACUGAUGGAAUUGCAAAACUGAAAGAAAGAAGUGAAAAUGGUUCAAAGUCCAGGAGAUCACCCUCGUUGAGCUCUAAAAUGUCUAAUCAUAUUGAUGCCGACAUACUGAAAUCCAGUGAACAUAGAUAUUCCUCAUGUAGUGCAUCUUAUGCUUAUCCGACUUCCAGUGCUGAAGGACGUUCACAAAUUAAAGAUGUUUCAAAGGUCAGUCCCUUGCCAUCCUUGAGUGCUGAACGGUCAAAUUACGGGGUUAAUAACACAAGCAGCACUUUACAUACGCUGAAAUCUGAAGAAGUUCGAUCUUUAUCAUCCAAACCUUCUGAUACUCAUUUAUCAUCUACAUGUGGAAGGCAUACAGUUCAGAAUGUGCAAUCUGGGCAAAUUGACCCUGCUUACGAGGGUGCUGCUUGUUCCUCCCAGUUUGCAGGUAAAUACCCAAAUGCUGGAAAUGGCGUGAAAACAUCAAUGAGGAAAGUUGUUGACCAGCUCAGAGCCUCUACAUUAUCACGGUACUAUACCUUAGGGACUGGGAGUGAGAUUGCGGGAAGAUAUAGUAAUAAGGGCCUCUUUCCAUACGAAUUGUUUGUGAAGCUUUAUAACUGGAACAAGGUUGAGCUCCGCCCAUGUGGUCUUACAAACUGUGGGAACAGUUGUUAUGCUAAUGCUGUGCUCCAAUGCUUGGCAUUUACCCCACCUCUCACUGCUUAUUUUCUCCAAGGACUCCAUUCCAAAGCAUGUGAAAAGAAAGAAUGGUGCUUCACCUGUGAGUUUGAAAAGCUGGUUCUCAAGGCAAAGGAUGGUAGUUCCCCACUUACUCCAAUUCGGAUAUUAUCCCAGAUACAAAACGUUGGAAGCCAUCUUGGUAAUGGCAGAGAAGAAGAUGCGCAUGAAUUUUUAAAGUAUGCUAUUGAAGCCAUGCAAUCUGCUUGUUUAAAGGAAGCCGGGGUAAGUGCAUCAGGUUAUUUGGAAGAGUCAACUCUCAUAGGCCUUACAUUUGGGGGCUACCUUAGAUCAAAGAUAAAAUGCAUGAAGUGUGGAGGCAAAUCUGAGCGGUAUGAAAGGAUGAUGGAUCUGACUGUUGAGAUUGAAGGAAAUAUAGGAACCCUCGAAGAGGCUCUAAGACAGUUUACGGGUACCGAGAUUUUAGAUGGCGAAAACAAGUACCAAUGUAGCAGAUGCAAAUCUUAUGAGAAAGCCAAAAAGAAGUUGACAGUACUGGAGGCUCCUAAUGUUCUGACUAUUGCAUUAAAGAGAUUUCAGUUGGGUAAAUUUGGGAAACUCAACAAGUCAAUUCGGUUCCCAGAGAUUCUGGACUUGGCUCCUUAUAUGAGUGGGACGAGUGACAAGUCCCCAGUUUACCGGCUUUUUGGAGUGGUGGUUCACUUGGAUGUCAUGAACGCUGCAUUUUCUGGUCACUAUGUGUGCUAUGUGAAGAAUAUUCAGAACAAGUGGUUCCAGACUGAUGACAGUACAGUCAAAGCUGUGGAACUUGAAAAGGUCUUGACAAAGGGGGCGUACAUGCUUCUUUAUGCUAGGUGCUCGCCACGGGCCCCAAGAGUAAUAAGGAACUUAAUAAUUCCUCGUGAUCCAAGAUAUCCAAAGAAUCCAACAUCGAAGUCAAGAUCCAAUUCUGCAGGCCCAUGGGAUGAUCCUCUGGCUGAUUCGCUGGGUGGUCACAUUCCACAAGGCCAUGCAGGUGUCCAUAUGAUUCAGACGAGUUUGGAAGAGGACUCUUCUAGUGACAUUUCUUCCUCUUUCUUCUCCGAGGCUGGUUCUUGCAGUACCGAGAGCAGCAAUAGGGAUUCCACUGGCAUUGAUGACUACUUUGAUCAAAUAUUUGGUGAUUUGGGAUGCAAUUGGAAUAGCCCUCAUAGGAAUUCCUCAGAUUCUGACACUUCAUCUUCCGCAUCAUCUCCAUCUCCCAUGUACUCAAGGCGUCCACACCCUGCCAACUUGGACUAUAAUGCUUCAAGAUAUCCUGAGACGAGUGGCUCUCGGAUUGAUAGUGCGGAACCAGCUGUGGAUAGUGGUGAUCUUUGGGCAAGACAACCUGGCUGGAGUAGCAAAGUAAGUGUUCCGUAUUCAUAUUCUGACUCAACUAAUCUUAGGAAACUAGUUAGUAGCAGUAGUUGUAGGGAGACCGACUCAAAUAGAUUAGGAUCAGUUUACCCUUUCGGCAACACGAAAUCUGGUGUAUGUUUUAGAAGAUCAACGAGUGGAAGAACGGAUUAAGCAUUCUAUUAAAGAGGUUUUGAGUUAGAGAGAAGGGGGGGAAUAAGAAUUCGGGGUUUGGGAUUAGGGAGUGGUUGUAUGUAUUGUACUCUUGCUGUUGGCUCUGUGUUGAAAAUGAGCCAUCAUUUUGUCACUCUCUUUCCCAUUAUAUAUAGUUAUGUCAUUUUGUAUAAACAUCCAUCUCUAGAGUGUACAGAGGGAUAAAUAUUCCCAAUUGUAGGAGUCUUCAAUGGAACUUGGCUUAUUGUCAAUAUGAAGCGGAUGAUAUACUUUUAUUCGUGGUUACUAUCCUUGAGAAAAAGUUUUAUGUUGAG